UGCCGACGCGUGUGCGCAUGCUCCGCGCGCUGGGCCGGGCUCUGGGCGGCGGGGACCGGCCGCCUCCGCUCCACUUGCCGGCGGCCCUCGGUGCGGCAGUGUCGGCGCUGGGCGGCGGUAGGCGGCUGUGUGGAAGCGCGAGGUGGCUGUGUGGGAGCGGGAAGCGGCUGUGUGGGAGUGCGAGGCCGUAUUUCCCCGCCUGGACCGCACGCUCCUCGUGCAGGGUGGGGACAGCGCAGAUUUGCUUUGAAGUCACAUUGAUAUGAAAUAUGGAGUCACCUUUGAUAACUUCACCUGGGAAAGAGAGACUUCUUAUUAAAAUUAUAUAAGGACAACAAAUGACGAAAGGAAUCAUGCCAAAUUCCAACUCUACAUCUUUUUGUAUCAUCAAGAUAUAUAUUUUAAUCCAUCAAGACGGAUGACUUGUAUGUUAAAGGAAAGGAUUUGUUCAUCAAUAUUAUUUUUAGUAGUUUUAAAGGAAUCGUUUUCAACUUUAUACAACUCCUAUAAAAUUUACAUAUAAAAGUUUUUAAGACCUUGUUUAAAAUAGCUUUCUUUUUGAGCGCUCAGAGCUUCAACAUUUACACACUCAUUUUUACUUGCCAAAGUCCUCAAAAAUUUAUAACAUCAGAAAAGAUAUGGACUUGGAAACUUACAUUAUUAUAACAGAGUGCAGUGCAUUUAAGUGGACAAUUGGAAACAUCCAUUUUAUCAGAAAUAUCACAUAAAAGUAUACGGUUCUUAGCUUUAAUGCAAACAAAGUUGCUUGGAAAUGGCGUGGGUAAAAUUCUUACGGAAACCUGGUGGCAAUCUUGGAAAAGUUUAUCAGCCUGGGAGUAUGCUGUCACUAGCCCCUACCAAAGGCUUGUUAAAUGAACCAGGACAGAACAGCUGCUUUCUUAAUAGUGCUGUACAGGUUUUAUGGCAAUUAGAUAUAUUCCGACGAAGCUUGCGGGUUCUGACUGGACAUGUUUGUCAGGGAGAUGCCUGCAUAUUUUGUGCAUUGAAGAUAAUAUUUGCACAGUUUCAACAUAGUCAGGAGAAAGCACUUCCCUCGGAUAACAUAAGGCAUGCUCUUGCAGAAAGCUUCAAAGAUGAGCAGCGAUUUCAGCUCGGUCUCAUGGAUGAUGCUGCAGAGUGCUUUGAAAAUAUAUUGGAGAGGAUUCAUUUUCACAUAGUGCCAAGCAGAGAUGCAGACAUGUGUACCUCUAAGUCUUGUAUCACUCACCAGAAGUUUGCUAUGACUCUUUAUGAGCAGUGUGUAUGUCGUAGCUGUGGAGCGUCAUCAGAUCCUCUACCUUUUACAGAAUUUGUGCGGUACAUUUCUACAACAGCCCUAUGCAAUGAAGUUGAAAGAAUGGUGGAAAGGCAUGAACGCUUUAAACCUGAGAUGUUUGCAGAAUUGCUACAAGCAGCAAAUACGACAGAUGACUAUAGGAAAUGUCCUAGUAACUGUGGCCAAAAAAUAAAAAUUCGCCGUGUUUUGAUGAAUUGCCCAGAGAUUGUUACAAUUGGUUUAGUUUGGGACUCUGAACAUUCUGACUUGACAGAAGAUGUUGUUCGGAAUUUAGCAACACAUCUUUAUCUUCCUGGGCUUUUUUAUAGAGUUACUGAUGAAAAUGCCAGGAAUAGUGAACUUCACCUUGUUGGUGUCAUCUGCUAUACCAGCCGGCAUUAUUGUGCCUUUGCUUUUCAUACCAAGAGUUCCAAAUGGGUAUUUUUUGAUGAUGCAAAUGUGAAAGAGAUUGGAACUAGAUGGAAAGAUGUUGUCUCCAAGUGUCUCCGAUGCCACUUUCAGCCACUGCUUUUGUUUUAUGCAAACCCAGAUGGCACAGCAGUUUCUACUGAAGAUGCACUUAGGCAGGUUGUCAGCUGGUCACAUUACAAGUCUGUUGCAGAAAAUAUGGGAUGUGAAAAGCCUACAGUUUAUAAGUCAGAUAAUUCAAAAGAAAAUGGAUUUGGUGAUCAGGCAAAACAGAGAGAAAAUCAUAAGUUUCAAACUGAUAAUAUUUCAACAUUUAAUCGGUGCCACAUUCAGACAAGUGGAGGGAGAGGACCAGGUAGGUAUCUAUAUUGUUAUUUUUACAUUGUUCCUGACCAGCUAAAUGUCCUCCUUUCUUCACUUACUGGAUGGUGCUUAACUAGCUUUCCUUGGCCAGAAGAGAAAAUAACAAGUAGAUAACAAAAUUUGGUCUUUGAUUUCUGUGUUUCUCGGAGAGCUGUAGUUUUCCUGACCAGUUUGAUUCGACAAGUGGUGUGAGGUUCUCUGUGUGCUCAGAACUGUGGAAGGCCUGAGGUAAUCGGGACAGUUACCAAAGGAAGCUAUAAUGUAGCUUUUCCUUCAAGGAGUUAAUAGUCAAUUUGGAGAAGAAAAACAUGAGAUAAUAAUUUGGCAUAUACACCAAAAUUAAAUUUACUGUUAGUGAAUGCAACAGUAGUUCAAAGUUACUGUAGCUGUAGAUUGUUCUUGAUCUUAUUUUUAUUCAACUCUCUCUCGUCAUCAUUCCGUGACUUUCAUUUUCACAAGCCAACUUCUGUGACUUGGGUCAAAGUGAGACAUCACAGUACUGUGUGUAUCUGCGGUUUAGAAAUACUAAAACUCUUAAUUGUGUGGAUGUUCAGGAUGAUUUUAUAAGCAACUUAUUUAAAUAUAUAGUAAUGAAAUAAUGUCUAGCCACAAAAGUAACCCAUUCAAUCAAGGGUAGUAAGAUCCAUAGUUAGCAAUUAUCAUCCACAAAGAACUACAAUAAAGGCUUUUAAAAAUUCUUAAUGAAACUAUAACUUUUUUUCCUUUCAUAGAUUGUUGAUACUCUUUAACACAUUUUUGUUUUUCAAAAGACACCUACUUUUAAGUCCCAAAACAGUGCGUGUGUGUUUGAGAACACAAGCAUUGGAACCAGGUAACUUGGGUUUAUAUUCCAGUUCAGUACUUACACCUGGGCAAGUUUCUAAUUUCUUUCUGCCUCAGUUUCUGUACCUGAAAUGGAGGUAAUAAUGGUACCUUACCACAGAGGUUUAAGUGACCACUCAGUUACCUGAAGCUCUUGUUAUUUUAAUGGCAGGUCUCUUUUAAUUCCUUUGUACUUGCUUUAGGGGCCAUACAAGAACUUUUAAAACACAACAUGCAUCUCCAGUGUCAGGAAAAAUCAUGUCGCAUUUUUUUCAUUAAGCAUAAAAAUGAGCUCAUUGUUUACUUUAAUUAAUGUUGUAUGUUUAAUAUGUA